AAAGACUUUGCUAUUUUACAAUGUUUUGAUGUUUUUAUUUUUGCGAAAUUUACAGAAGUAAGUAUACUUGAUAACUUUCACUGCAAUUUUUUGAUGUACACAAUUUCCGGCAGUGAAAAUAAAUACAAGUCAAAUCUGUCAAUCUUAAUAAGAUAUUAGAUCAUUGUAUGAUUUGAUUCCCAAAUUGGAAAUAGAAGGACAUUUUAGUGAAAGGAAUAUGCCCCUAUUUAGUGUCCUGUUUACUGGUCAAUUAUAGCAGUGACAGACUAACCACUUUGGUAUGUUUUUUCACAUUUUUUACCAGAAUGAUGAAUUUACAUCUAGUCUACUUGCUACUGUAUAUGCUCAUUAUUGCCUUUCUGUAAAUUUUCAAUCUCUAUAGUAAAGUUUAACAUAAAGCAUACAAGUUCAGUCUUUUGUAUUCAAGUGUAUAACUAUUUUUUGUAUAAAUCAGCUUUUACACAUCCCGCUCUUAAUUGACGAAUAGCAUUGUAAUUAUUUUAGAAUUGUGAAUAGUAAACAAACGAAACUAGUUUUCCUAUAUUUUGUGAAUGGAUAUAAUUCAACCUAUAAUCUAUAUACAGAGUAUUUAUGCACUGACACUGUUUUAACAGGUGCAGUUUGUUGCAAAGAUAUAGCUGUAAAAUUCUCAGAACCACAUGUAUUGGUUGUUUCUUGAACAUGUCCACAGCAAAAGAAAACAUUGUCAAAAAAGUGCAAUCCCCACUUCUUAAAGAUGUGUUAACUCCGGAGCUGUUGACAGUCACGAAUGCUUUUCAAGAGAACGGCUACGAAAUUCGCCUUGUUGGUGGGGUUGUCAGAGACUUGCUUCUAGAAGUGCAAUCAAAAGAUAUAGACUUAAGUACAAAUGCCACUCCAGAACAAAUGAAAGAUGUGUUUGUCCGGAAUGGUAUUAGAUUCAUUGAGACCGGGCUAGAACAUGGGACAUUGACUGCACAUCUAGAUCAUUUCGACUUUGAGGUCACGACAUUGAGAUACGACACGGAACAAGAUGGACGGUGGGCGAAAGUUGUGUUCACCAAUGAUUGGCGACUGGAUGCGGAAAGACGAGAUCUUACAAUUAACGCAAUGAGCAUGGAUACAAACUGUUGCCUGUACGAUUACUUUGGUGGCGUAGAAGACCUCAGGUGCCGUCGCGUGAGAUUUGUUGGCGACGCAGGACAAAGGAUUAGGGAAGAUUUCCUAAGGAUUCUACGAUAUUUCCGAUUUUACGGUCGUAUAGCUACCGACGCCGAUAAACAUGAUAGCGAAACAUUGGAAGUCAUUAGGGAAAUGGCUUUCGGUCUGGAAAAAAUCGCAGUCGAGAGAAUAUGGAUGGAAAUGUCGAAAAUAUUGAUUGGAAACUUUGCACCUUCGAUAAUGAAGCAUAUAUACAACUUGGGUGUAGCCAAAUGUAUAGGUCUUCCAGAAAUAUGUUCAGGAAAACUUGAGGAGUUUGAAGCUGUUUGGUGUAGGAUGAAAAAUCACACACCCCAGGCGGUGACGUUAUUGGUAUCACUUGUGGAUGAUAUCGAAAGCACCGAAGUGCUGGCGAAAAAAUUGAAACUAUCCAACGCAGAAAAACUACUCGGAAAGUUUAUUGCAACCCAUAGGCAUUUAAACGAUCACCCAGAUUUUCCACUUAAACCAUAUCAAGAUAUUCUUGUGUCUUGUCCAGCCAAGUGCGCUGAACAGCUCCGUCGUCAGGUCAUCGAAUUACUUUACUACGAAGGAAAAUCGGAUCUGGCGAAAGACAUUGAAACGUGGCAAAUCGCCGAGUUUCCCGUCAAUGGAAAUGACUUGAAGCAACACAACAUCAAACCCGGACCGAACUUUGGUAAAAUAUUAAACCGUCUCAAAGAAAUGUGGAAGGAUAGCUAUUACACGUUGUCAAGACAGGAACUUCUUGAGAAGAUUGAUGGCUUGCUGUGAGCUAGCAACCUAAUUAAGUGCGCAUUCAUAUUUGCUAUAACUAUUUACUUUACUCACCGGUAAAACAUGCCGUUGAAAUAAAAUUUGUGGAUAUCCAGUAGAUACCUCGCCUUAGUUGUCGUGUAUGACGAUAAAAUUGUUGUGCAUACAAAAGUUUUUUUAAAGUAAUAAAAUGAC